GCACAUAGGUAGACAUGUACGCACGCAGCGACGGCAGUCAGCAGCAGACCAAGCACCCAUAGUCGUAAUGUCAAGACGGGCAUAUCUGGAUCGUCAAUAUUUGAUACCGACGCCCGCACCUCUGGAUACGGGCUAUCUUCCUCUUCGGCUAGGUCAUCAAAAUUGUAGUCCAUUCUGUGCACGAACAUCGUAUCGAAUGAUCCUGCAUGCUCGUGAAGCUCAAUGAUCUUGGGGUGCAGGGGAUGUCCUUCAACUUCGGCUCAAUCGAGGACAGUUCGCGAAACUUUUCCUUUGCAUCUGGAAGGGAUAUAUGUGCGCCAGGAUUGCUGAGAGCCGAGCUAACGCCAGAGAGCCUGGUGAUUGCUGUUCCCGGGGCAGUAAGAGGCGAACUAGGAGCCUGAUUGAGGCGUCGCAUGCGGUACGGGUCGCCAUCGUGCGAUUGCGAAUCGGUGGAAGGUGGUGUCUCGACGGGGGUAAGGUGGUACGGGUGUCGUGGGUGCAAGGUCGAUGGCCCUGGGACGGGGCCGACGCGGUCCCGCAUGGACUGGUCAAAGGUCGGAGGAGGGAAUUGCACGGGCGGAAAUGCUAUCGGAGACGCGCCGAAGCCGGGGGAAGACAUGGCGAUGGGUAUCGUCUGAAAUUGAGCAUGGUCGGGCUGGGACGGGGCGUCCUGCUGCUGCUGCUGGGGUGUAGAGGGAGGGCCGAAGGCAAAGACGUCCUCAGCGUCGGACUCGUCGGAGUCGUCCUCGUCGAUGGUGUACUCCUGGGAGAAGGUGUACUGCGGAUCGCGGUCGUAGUACGCGCCGGCGGUGGUGGGCCGGGCAGAGAAGGGCCUUUCGGAUGUGUAGGGACGGUCAGCAGAGCUCGGGGGACGCCUCGCCAUCGGGUGCGACGGGCAGAGGGCGGGGAGGGAGGCGGGAGGAGGGAGAGUUGGGAGAGGGGGAGGGAGAGAGGCGGGAUAUGGAGUAUGGCAUAGAGUGAGAAAGAACCCGCCAACUGGCCAGGCACAUCACCCUCCCGCCGUUCCUGACCCAUAGCACACAGCCGCCCAUUUCUCCUCCCCCGA